AUGUCGAGAAGGGGUAUGAUAUCACCUUCAUUAAGAUCUUCCUUGGGUAUUUUUGACUUUGCAAUGAGAUCGGAAACUUGCAAAUGUAACGUGGUUGCUCAGCAGUAG